GACCGUCCGUGGCUCCGGUCGCGGUGUGCGCGGGUGAAGAUGGCGGCCUCGGUGACCGAACUGCUGAGGGAGGUUGCCGAGCUGGAGGAGCCCCUGGCCGAGCUGAAUAGUUUGAAGGCGGCCGUGAAUGCUGUGCCGUUGAACACGCUGCAGGAACUGGCGACGGGUUUGCGCGUUGGGGUGUUGUUCAACUUGCUGGAUUGCAAUGACAGGGAACAAAUCGAUGUGUGUGUUGCCAUUCUGGAGCGCCUUCUGCAAGCCUUAGAACCAGUCUACCUGGCUCAAAAUUACAAACUGGAACUCCAGAAGGGACUCCAGCAUUCGGAUGACCGUGUUAAAGUCUUGGCGCUGACACAAAUUGGACGGAUUGUUGAGAACACAGAUGCAGUUGUGACAAUUCUUGAUUCUCCUGAGUUGCUUAAGGAGAUGAUCCAUAGUAUUGGUGGCGAGCAAAUAUCAGUUGCAAAAGAGGCAAUCAAAGGCCUUUCUAGAAUAGCCCAGAAGAAAGCUGGACUUGAUGCGUUAUUUACAACCAACAUGUUACAAGAUUUGAAAGAUGUCAUGGGUAUCAGUGAUGUGGUACGAUACAGAGUUUAUGAGUUGGUGCUGGAGAUCGCAAACGUGUCGUCUGUUUCACUGGAGUAUUGUGCCAGCAGUAGUUUUUUAACUCAGCUGCUUGGCGAGCUUGCAGGGGAUGAUGUCCUCAUCAGAGCGACUGCUAUCGAGAUGGUCACCACUCUUGCUCAAAGUCAGCAUGGACGACAGUACCUGACUCAGCAAGGUGUCAUGGAUCAAAUCUCAAAUAUGAUUAUAGGUGCAAAUUCUGACCCCUUCUCUGGCUUUUAUUUGCCAAAUCUGGUGAAGUUUUUUGGAAACUUGGCAAUGGUUGAUAGUCCUCAGCAGAUAUGUGAACGUUAUCCUGUCUUUAUCAAAAAGGUGUUUGAGAUGAUUGAAGGACAGGAGCCAACCAUGAUUGGAGUUGGUUUAGAUACCAUUGGGAUUCUUGGAUCAUGUAUAGAAGGAAAGCAAGUUCUAAAUAAAACGGGUUCUGCAUUCCAAGAGGUUUUGAGAAGGCUUGGUUCGAUUUCAUGCAAUGCUUCCACAGACAUACGCAUCCGCUGUCUUGACACAAUUGCUUCUCUCCUUUCUCUACCGACUGAUCAGCAAACUGAAGAUAUUCUAGGAAUGACUGAGUCCUGGUUCCACGCUUUGCACAGCCAUCCAAUGGAAACAUUCCGCAGUCUGAGUUCCCAGCCUUUCCCAGAUAUCCACAUUGGUGCACUAAAAGUCUUCACUGCAAUUGCUAGCCAGCCUUGGGGUCAGAAACUGAUGAUCGGUACACCAGGAUUUGUGGAAUACAUCGUCGACAGGUCAACUGAAGCUGACAAAAAUUCAAAGGAUGCCAAUUUUGAAUUGGUAAAAGCCCUUGUAAAUUCCAAGACAAUAGCCGAAAUCUUUGGAAACCAACAUUACCUGCAACUCCGUGCUUACCUGCAGGAAGGUCCUUACUUUGUAAAAGCAACAGCAGCAGUAGCUGUGGAAGGUGGAGAAUAACCACUGAUGACAGUAUUGACUAUCUUUAAAUUUUUUUUUUGUAAAGGACAAGUUACAUGAAGCCUGGUAUUGGACAGAGCUUCAAUUAAGUGGAAUCUUCAAUCUCUUUAGCAAUUUCCUUUCUGUUCCUUUAAGAAAACAGAGUAAUGGUAAGGUAUGCAACUCAAGUAACAUAAAUACCUUUUUGCGGUGUGGAACCAAAUUUAUAUAUUAUGUAAUAGCAUUCACCUGAUUUUGAUUUCCAGCUGAAUAUCAAUCUUGAUAUUUAUUAAAAAAAAACUUGUAUGACUGAAAUGAAAUCAGAAGCUCAUUUUUAUCCCAUUUCAAUAAUUUAACCAUCUAAUCCUGGAAUUUCCUAACUAAGCAUCUUCGUUGCCUGUUUCAAGUGUUUGAGUUGGCAUUUAUCACUGGUUCAAUAGCAGCUUGCCACCACUUCCAAAUGUUUUUGGGUGAGCAUAAUGUCAAACUUGUCCAUAUCCUGUGACUGAUUAAAGCGUACUCGAGCUUUAUGUUGUCUCAAAACCUCCAGUAGAAAAAGGAGAAAAAGGACAAUUUCAAAAUCUGUACCUGCCCAUUUAAGAUGGAGUUGAAGAAUUGUUGAGAAUUAAUUUGUGGAAAACUUUACCCUGGAGACCUAUAGAGGUGGAAUUGUUCAAGUUAUUUAAGGCUAAGAUGUUCUGGGACAAGUGGUGUAUACAGGGUUGUGCCUAAGUAUGCAAGUGAGGCUGGGUCCAAGAUUAAACCAGCUAUAGUCUUAUUCGGCAGCAAUGCAGGCUGUCUGGACCACACAGCGUCAUCCUGUAUCUUGUGUUUCAGGUUUCAUUUGGUACAAUAUGAAAGCGCUGAUUGGGUAUUAUUGCCUGUGCUGGAUAACAGUGCACAAAUAUCUGUAGUGUAUAUGAUAGAUUGUAAAGUUCACUGCAUAAA